AUGAGUGGAAAAAGAAAUCACCCCCUCACUGUUACAUAAACACUCACAGUUGUCAUGAAUGGCAAAAUUACCCAUAUACACCAAAACCACUUUUUGUACCAGGCUGUAAACUAAUGUUCUUCUGCUGUAAAAUUGGCCAUUUUAACAUGGGAGGUCUCUCUCUCUCUCUCUCUCUCUCUCUCUCUCUCUCUCUAUUAUAGAUCAGUGGUCUGACUCUCUUUUGGAGCGAGUCUCUAGCGGCCAGUCGAUGAAUUACAGUUUAAGUCACUUCUGUGUUGGUUUCGAGAGAGAGGGGGAGGUUGCUGCUUGAUAUAUACUCUGCUUCUUUUCUUCUUCUUCUUUUUUCGUACAAAUGCUAACAAAUGAUUUUGUAUGCUAAAACGUGUACGUUGUUUGAACGAAUUAUUUGAGAUCGCAAGCGUUUUCCUGCUGUGUGUGGAGUUUAAAGACGCUCCCUAAGAAUUACAGCUGCGCAAUAAUACACUCGGCGCCAUCAUUGUUUCUCGUGUCUCGAAUAAAAGUGAAAGUAAAUGUUCAGAGUUGAUGUUUCUCCAUUUAAACAGUCAGAAUCGAUUCUAUACGGAAUAUCAAAGUGUUUCAUAGGAACUAAGCCAUGAUUUUCGUGUAGCUGCUUCAUAGAAAGGCGGUGGAUUUUGUGAAUCUGUGUAAAUAAGAGUCAGUGCUGCAGAUCAGAUUCUGUUUCAUCAUGGAGGACACACAAACAUCCACAGAUCAAGAGUUUUCUCCAGGAUGCAGUUCAGUUCAUCAGAAGAGAUCAGGAACAGAGUCCAGCUGUGUGUCUGUGAGGAGUGAUGUGUCUAUGGAUCUGCCAAUAUGGUUUAAGAGUGGACAUACAAAGACUGAUCUCAGUUCAGUUCAUCAGAAGAGAUCAGAAGCAGAGUCCAGCUGUGUGUCUGUGAGGAGUGAUUGGUCUAUGGAUCGUCCAGAGAACUUUAAGACUAGAGAUACAAAGACUGAUCUCAGGAUCUGCAGUCAGAGAUCUUCAUCUCCUGAUCACAGCUGUGUGUCUCUGAAGAGUGAUGGAUCCAUGGGUAAUCCUCCUAACCUCAGUGGUGAAGCAGUGACCUCUGACCCCAGCAGAGCAGAUGGAGAGCGAAGCAUCUCUGGAGGAGUCUCCUCUGUCUUCUGUCUGAACAACACGAGCGUUACAGCAUCUCUGAAUAAACAUGAUCAAGCAGUGAAUGAUGAACUACAGAGAGUCAAAGAGCAGCACAAAACCAGCAUGAAGAACAAGUAUGAGAGAUUAUGUGAGGGACUGAAACUCCAGGAGAACGAGAGCCUCCUGAACAGCAUCUACACACAGCUCUACAUCAUAGAGGGAGAGAGAGAAGGAGUGAAUGAAGAACAUGAGGUUUUACAGAUGGAGAAAACAGCCAGAACAAUUACCUCACAAGACACUCCCAUCUACUGCAAUGACAUAUUUAAAGCCUCAGCUGAAGCAGGAUCUGAGGAGAAAGAGCCAGAUCAAGACUGUUUUCUUACUAAAGGCAUCGCUGGAAUCGGAAAAAAAACCGUCUCUGUGCAGAAGUUCAUUCUGGACUGGGCCGAGGGAAAAGCCAAUCAGGAUGUAGAUUUCAUGUUUGUGCUUCCAUUUCGAGAGCUGAACUUGAUCCGAGAUCAUCAGUACAGUCUUCACAGACUUCUGCUGGACUUUCAUCCUGAAUUUCAAGAUCUGGACUCACAGAUUUAUGAGGAGUGUAAAGUUGUGUUCAUUGAUGGUCUGGAUGAAAGCAGAAUCACACUGAUGUUUUUCAGACGCUCAGAAAUUUGUGAUGUGACUGAGACUUCAUCAGUGGCUGUGUUGAUGUCAAAGCUCAUGAAAGGAGAGCUGCUUCCCUCUGCUCUCAUCUGGAUCACCUCCAGACCAGCAGCAGCCAAUCAGAUCCCCUCCAAAUACAUCCACCGUCUGACAGAAAUUCAGGGUUUCACUGAGCCUCAGAAAGAGGAAUAUUUCAGGAAGAGAAUAAGUGAUCAGCAUCAAGCCAGCAGAAUCAUCUCACACAUCAGAAGAGCAAGAAGCCUCCACAUCAUGUGCCACAUCCCCGUCUUCUGCUGGAUCUCAUCCACUGUGCUUCAGAAGCUCAUGGAAGAAGAUCUGAGAGCAGAAAUCCCUCAAACUCUGACUGAAAUGUACAUCCACUUCCUGCUGAUUCAGAUCAACAUGAGGAAGCAGAAGUAUGAAGAGAAAGAUCCAGAGAAACUCUUGCAGUCCAACAGAGAAGUGAUUGUGAAACUUGCUGAAGUGGCUUUCAAACAGCUGAUGAAGGGCAAUGUGAUGUUCUAUGAGGAGGACCUGAUUGAGAGCGGCAUUGACGUCACUGAUGCCUCAGUGUAUUCUGGGAUUUGCACUGAGAUCUUUAAGCAGGAAUCUGUGAUUCAUCAGAGGAAAGUCUACAGCUUCAUUCAUCUGAGCGUUCAGGAGUUUCUCGCUGCUUUCUAUCUGCUUUACUGCUAUUUAACAAAGAACAAGGAGCCACUGCAUGAACUCAGAUCUUCACUGCAUGAAUUCAGAUUAUACAGGUCUGAUAAAUUAUCUUUGUAUGAUCUACUAAGAUCAGCAGUAGAUAAAGCUCUUGAGAGUAAGAAUGGACGUCUGGAUCUGUUCCUGCGGUUCCUGCUGGGCGUCUCACUGGAGUCCAAUCAGAGACUCUUACAGGAUCUACUGACACACACAGAGAACAGCUCAGAGAGCAUCAGAGAAACCACACAGUACAUUAAAGAGAUGAUCAAAGAUACAUAUAAUCAUAAUCGUCUCUCAGCUGGUGAAUCCAUCAGUCUGUUCCUCUGUCUGCUGGAAGUGAAAGAUCAGACUCUGUUCAGAGAGAUUCAGGAGUUUGUGAAAUCAGACAAACCCUCAGAGAAGUAUCUCUCUCCUGCUCACUGCUCAACAAUCUCCUACAUGCUUCAGAUGUCAGAGGAGCCUCUGGAUGAGCUGGAACCCAAGAAAUACAACACAUCAUCUGAGGGGAGAAGAAGACUGAUACCAGCUGUGAUCAACUGCAGAAAAGCUCUGUUGAGAGAUUGUGGCGUCACAGAUGAAGGUUGUUCUGCUCUGGCUUCAGCUCUGAGAUCAAAUCUCUCACACCUGAGAGAACUGGAUCUGCCUGGGAAUAAACUAGGAGAUUCAGGAGUAAAGCGUCUCUGUGCUGGACUGGAGGAUCCUCACUGUAAACUGGAGAAACUGUGGUUGAUGAAGUGUGGUGUCACAGAUGAAGGUUGUGCUGCUCUGGCUUCAGCUCUGAGAUCAAAUCCCUCACACCUGAGAGAACUGGGUCUGACUGGGAAUAAACUAGGAGAUUCAGGAGUGAAGGAUCUCUGUGCUGGACUGAAGGUUCCUCACUGUAAACUGGAGAAACUGUGGUUGAGAGAUUGUGACGUCACAGAUGAAGGUUGUUCUGCUCUGAAUCCAGUUCUGAGAUCAAACCCCUCACACCUGAGAGAACUGGAUCUGUCUGUGAAUAAUCUAGGAGACUCAGGAGUGAAGCGUCUCUGUUCUGUACUGGAGGAUCCUCACUGUAAACUGGAGAAACUGUGGUAAGAUUAUAUACAACAC